GGUCGACCGCAUAACAUGCUUUGAGAAAACCCACUGACAGGAGUGAUUUGGUUAAUCCUCCGCCUAUACAUACAUACACAAUCUCUCUCUUUCUCUCUCUGUACGUAUAUGUCUCGAUAAGCUUAGCAUUCUCGCAAAUUGGUCCUGAUAGAGAGAGAGAGUGAGGGGAGAGAGACGGUGGAAGCUUCUGCAAUGGAGGAUCGACUUCGAGCGAGCAGUGAUUGAUUUCUUUGUGCUUGAAGUUCUAAGCUUCCCCGGAAGGAGAGUGCUUCGAGGAGAUGAUGCGCCGCGAGAUCUCGGCUCUUGCCCAGCCUCGGCUCCUCCUCCUCCUCCUCCUGGGUCUCACCGUCCUCCUCGUCUUCGCAAUCUUCAAAUCUCAGCUGGGUAAUGAGGAGGUAGAAGAGGAUCCUGAAAUUACUCACAGAGUAUAUUUGGAUGUGGAUAUUGAUGAACAGCGUUUAGGCAGAAUCGUGAUUGGACUAUAUGGUCAGGUUGUACCAAAAACAGUAGAAAACUUUAGGGCUCUGUGCACAGGAAAAAAGGGCAAGGGUGUGAAUGGAAAGUUACUCCAUUAUAAGGGUAGCCCUUUUCAUCGUAUAAUAUCUGGUUUCAUGAUUCAAGGUGGAGAUAUUGUACAUAAAGAUGGGAAGGGAUAUGAAUCUAUAUACGGUGGCACUUUUGCUGAUGAGAAUUUUAAGAUAAAGCAUUCACAUCCAGGUGUUGUCUCCAUGGUUAAUACAGGACCUGAUUCUAAUGGUUCUCAGUUCUUUAUCACAACCGUCAAGGCCAGCUGGUUGGAUGGUGAGCAUGUUGUCUUUGGCAAGGUAAUCCAGGGAAUGGACACUGUUUAUGUAAUCGAAGGGGGAGCUGGGACCUACAGUGGAAAACCUAGGAAAAAAGUCAUCAUUGCUGACUCCGGUGAGAUACCAAAGAGCAAGUGGGAUGAGGAAAAAUGAAGAGCAUAUCAGAUUCCUCGAGAGAGAAUUGAUUAUUUUCUCUAGCUCCAGUCUCACAACAUCCCAUGGGAAAACAAAAGGCAUACUGAUGAGUGAUUUUCCCUUUUUGAGUCUCCAAGCAAUCUGUUAGUAUAUAGAUUGACAUGGUAAUCCUCUGUAUAUGCUGAUAAAGCUUCUCCAGUCACGAGUUCCCCCAAAGCCGAGAAUCUCACUGAUCUUCAAACCGAAACAGUCUAGUUUUGGUCUUCUUGUCAUUCUUGUAACUUUGAUCCUGUUGAUUCACUGUAGAGGAAUUGAAACGAAAUGACACCUGCUCUAACUGUUAAGCCUCAGACCGUAAAAGGCACAUUUGAGGUUCUGCCUUUUCUACUUCUACUAUGUAGUGAAUAUUUUUUGACCAAA